AGACUCGGAUCGCAACAUCUUCACGACUCAAAGCCAACCGUGUUCCUCCCAAACACACUAUCGCAAUUCCACCCUUCGAAACAAACACAACAACCAUCACAAUGAAGUUCACCGCUGCCGCCCUUGCACUCGCCGCCUCGGCCAUCGCUGCUCCCUCCAAGGGAGGCGAGAGCUGCGAGUUCGGCACCUACCGCUGCACCACCCCUAACACCGGUAUCGAGAUCUGCAACAUCUCGGGCAAGUGGGAGCUGGUCGGCGACUGCCCCGAGGGCACCGCCUGCGACAACCUGCCCGGCGGCAACGGCGUCGUGCUGCCCUACUGCACCAACACGGCCAAGGUCCAGGCGCGCAACGGCCGCCCCGGCCAGAGCCCCGGCGAGAAGUGCACCACCCCGGGUCGGUAUGACUGCUUCGGCCCGUACGCCAUCCAGGUCUGCGACACCCAGAACAUCCUGCAGUUCGUCGGGAACUGCCCCGAAAGGUCGCACUGCGAGUACCUCAACGGCAUUCCCUACUGCGUCGCCAGCGUCUAAUUAAAUGGGGCCGUACGACCGGACAACUCGAGAGUUGAGCGAUUCAUCAACGACGCUCACCGGUUGUACGGAACACACGACUACAUGAUUCUUCUCUCUUCAUGACACUCCUUUUCUAUAAUAUGGUUUCCUUUUUCAUGCGGCAUAUGUCUUUAUGACAUGGAAGGAUAGAGACACAAUUGUUGGGUAGUCGCGAGGUGAACUAGGCAUACCAGCACUAGUAACAACAUGUCGACGAAUAGAGUUAAUAUUAUCUUACAUUUUUCUCUCAUAGUUACACUCGGCCUUUUGAGGAUGCGCU